AUCGCGAAACUGAUCGCCUUCCCGUCGUCAAUCCAGAGCGCGACGCCAGGCCAUCACUCCCCUGCUCGCCUGCUCUGCUAGUGCCAUGGCUUCCCUGACCACACUCACCGUUUUGUUUGGCUUCUACGUCGUCUUCUGCUGCCUCGACCUCCUCGGCGAAGCGGCCGCCAAGACCCGGACCGCGGAGAGCGCCGGCCUCCCGCGCCUUGCCGCGGCCGCUCUCGCCCCGGCCGUUCUGGCCACCCUCUCGCUCACGCCGCUACUCCUGUACGCGCACGUCCGGGCGCUCGGCCACGCUGCCAGCGCGGGCGGCGCCGGUGCGGGGGGGCGUUUCGUGGCGCGCCUGCUUGCCAAGGCGACCCUUCUGGUGGCGGCGCUCGCCCUCCUCUGUGGCGCCGCGGUGCGGCUCGGCGGCGCCGGUGGGGUUCUCGGCCUCGGCGGCGCGGAUGACGUCGGGUGGCAGAACGAGAAGUAAAAAAUUGUAUGGGCUGAUCGCUUACGAUAUGACUGAAAUAGAAACAGUAGUCAUGGGCUGAGGGUCUGUUCAGAUCAUUUUGCAAAAACGCAAAAUUUUAUUGUUGCAAAGGAAUCUUACCAAUUUGAAGUAGUAAAUGAAGUCUAUUUAUAAAAUUUUUUGCAUGGAUGGGUUGUAAAU